UGCAACAGUGCAACUACCAUCCAACAUCGCCUCCCACUUCCAAUCAUGACCACCUCGAUCUCUGAUGCUAAAACCGGCAACCCGGCCCAUGCUAAGCUACCUACCGAGUAUGUCCGCCAAAUGCUAACGCGUGAUUACUCGACUCUCCGCUUCAGGAUCGAGUUCAAGAACUACCUGGCCAAUCACCUGUUGCACGUAGUUGUAGCACUGCAUGAGCUCGGCGCAAGCGAGCAAAAAAUCACGGACUACGCUGCGUACUACACUCGGAAGCUUGAAGUCGAGGCUCCCGACCACGAAGACGUCGUAGAGGCUGCAGAAACGAUCGAUAUCCUUUCGAAUGAAGAAGCUGAAGCCUUGCUGGGCAAGCGCCAGCAGUAUGAUGCUCUACUCGCGUACUAUGCUCACGACAUCAAGAAGCUCGGAGUUGAUGGAGCGGUACGCAAGCACCUGCCGAAUCUCUUCAGUGGGUUGGCUGGUGCGCUGCUACACGGCAUCAUCCAGCUGGGCUAUGCGUACCACAUCGGCGGUGAUAGACUUGUUGCUGAAGGACUUGCCUACCAACACCACUGCUACUUGCCAUAUGAUGAGCCGGAAAUGCCACUUAGCAAAGAGCCACUGCGGCCAUUCACUCGUCAAACGGUGUUUGAGCUGGCCGACGCACUCACCAGCAACGCGCUCCUACUGUCCGAACAGGAUCGCCUCGUGGCGAUUUCGCCGGUCAAGGACCUCGACAUUGGUUGGAUCCAGCGCGGCCUCAACGUAUUCUCGGGCCACCCGGAGCGAAACAGUCCUGAAGCGUUUGCUCUCAUCUGGAACGAGGUCAACAAAUUCGACUUCUCGAACUUCGACGGCAGCUACGCCCUCGAUAUCGUGAUGUGGCUGUACGUCAUGCUCAAGCACAACGAUUUUAUCAUUCUCCACGCCGUCACAUCGGCCUGGUCGGUCCACCAGAUGGAGCACUUGCUGUCGCCAUCCGAUAAGGUGAAGGCUUGGCGAGUGUGGCUGCAUGUGGCUCUGUCGGCGCUUGUGACCGCCCGCGUGCGCGAUUUCCGUGGGGAAGACAUCUGCAGUCCAUCCGACAGCCUUGAAGACCGCCUCGCUGCGCUCCCAUCCUGGUCUCAGCUGCGUGAGAAGGCCCUUGCUAUCCCUGGAUUCCCAGACGAGCACGUCUACAAAAUGGUGCAGGUGGCUGAAGAUCACGCCCACACCAAGUACGACAACGCUGCGUCCUUCCUAUCGCUAACCGAGCGUGAGUACGUAGCUCGUACCGCCGCCCUCACGGUCAUCACGACCCCAUUUAAGCCGUUCCUGCAGCCUCCCAAGUUGUAGGUCGGCCAGAAUUUUCAUGUGGGAAGAAGACAAAAUACCACUGAUGUUGCGAUAGUGCUCCUUGUUGGCAGG